GUGUGUGCUGUGGUGGCCCUCCAGGCACUGGCAAGACCCCUGCUCGAGCGGUGGCCGGCGAAGCUAAUGUGCCCUUCUUCCAUGCUGCUGGUCCGGAGUUUGACGAAAUACUCGUUGGCCAGGGUGCACGAAGGGUCAGGGACCUAUUCAGCACGGCAAAGAUGCGAGCCCCUUGUGUGGUGUUCAUCGACGAGAUCGACUCGGUGGGAGCAAAGAGAACCAACUCGGUGCUGCAUCCGUACGCGAAUCAGACCAUCAACCAGUUGCUGACCGAAAUGGAUGGUUUCAGGCAAAACGAAGGAGUGAUUGUUCUUGGUGCUACAAACCGUAGGGAUGACCUUGACAAGGCACUGCUGCGGCCGGGCCGCUUUGAUGUCGAAGUUCAGGUGCCUGUGCCAGACCUGGCAGGUCGCAAGGAAAUUCUGCAGCUCUACCUGGGCAAGGUCAAGGUGGCCUCGGAUGUGUCACUGGACGUCCUCGCACGGGGCACAACGGGCUUCACAGGUGCCGACCUGGAGAAUGUGGUCAAUCAGGCGGCACUGAGGGCAGCCAUUGAUGCCGCACCAGCCGUGUCCAUGCGCUACUUGGAAAGCGCGCGAGACAAGGUGCUCAUGGGUCCGGAGCGCAAGUCACGCAUCCCUGAUGAAGAGGCCAACCUGAUAACUGCCUACCACGAGGGUGGGCAUGCCUUAGUGGCACACUAUUCCAAGGAGGCCCAUCCACUGCACAAGGUCACCAUUAUUCCGAGGGGCCCCUCGCUGGGACACACUGCGUACAUUCCGGAGAAGGAGCACUAUCACGUCACCAAGGCCCAGAUGUUGGCAACUAUGGACACACUCAUGGGAGGCAGGGCAGCCGAGGAGCUGGUGUUUGGCUCAGAGAAGAUCACUUCAGGUACUCGUCUGGCAGCGCCUACCACACACUUGCCGCAUGAGAGGGAAUGUGUUUGCUCACCUUCUGCCCAUAUCCGUGUUCCCUGUCAUUAGCACAAGCACGUGCAG